AUUGCGUUUUGAACUCAAAGUACUAGUUUUUUUCGGGAACUUUUAUCUCUAUAAUCCACUAGACGGUAUACAUUGAGUAAUGCGCUGAUUGUGUUUACUUUUAUCAAACCAAGAAGGAAAUGGAACUGCACAACGAUCGUGCUAAAAGACAAUUAUACUGUGGAUUUUGGCAUGACCUACCAAAACGUCUAUCUAGAGCGGUAGAACACUUCUUUUAUCGGCUUGGAGUGCAUAUCGCUCAAAAUCCAUACAAAUGGAUAAGCGGAUGUCUCGUGGUAGUAUUAAUCUGUAUAAUCCUCGGCCUGUUUCGUUUCCGGCAAGAAAAGAAUAUUGUUAAACUGUGGGCUCCACCAGAUUCUACCUUUGCGAAAGCUACCGAAUGGUUAAUGUCGCAUUACCUGGAAACUCUGCGAAUUGAAACGUUUAUUCUAACUGGUGAUAAUGUUUUAGAACAGGAAACGCUUAUUAAGUUAAACGAGAUCACUAAACAAAUAAUUUCUAGUCAGACACCGAUCGAAAACAUUUCUUGGACCGAUGUCUGUAUGAA